AUGAAGCACCUUUCCAUUCCGCUCCUUGUCUCGUUUCUCGCACUCCCGACCGAACUCGUGGGCGCCAUUCGCUUGGACGUGCAUGGCCGGCGAGCGCGACACCCGCUGCAGCGACGCGGGAGCGUCACCGGCUCCUCAGGGCUCACCGACUCCAACAACAUCCAGUACUAUGUCAACCUCACGCUCGGCGGCCAGGACUUUGAGGUCGAGAUCGACACGGGGAGUGCCGACUUGUAUGUCGCGGGCAGUGUGACGAACAGCAAAGACACGGGGAAGAGUGCGGGGGUUACAUAUGCGGUGGGCGCUGUCAAUGGUGAGAUCAGGACAACCACGAUGGACUUCCUUGGAUACACUGUCGAGGACCAGGCAUACCUACAAAUAGCCGCGAACAGCAACAACCAGACAUCUGGGACAGGCCUGAUCGGUCUCGGUCCGCACACGGGCUCCAACAUCCAGUCGACGCUGGGCAACGGCACCGGCAACCCGCCACUAGACCGGAUAUUCCACCAAAACACAUCAACACCCAACUACCUCACCGUCCUCCUGGGCCGCGCAGACGACAAGUUCGAUGAUGUGCCCGGGAACAUCACCAUCGGCGAGGUACUCCCAGGAUACGGGAACAUCACGUCGCAGCCGAAGCUGAACGUGACGGAGCUCAAGCUGACGGAGUCGUCUGCGCAGCAUUGGCAGACGCUGCUCGACGCGGAUGGGAUCAUUGGGCCGGACGGCAGUGUGGUGGAUGUGACGACGGGCGUGUCGACUACCUCCAACGACAAGCAGUUGACGGUUGUAUUCGACACGGGCUACUCAUUGCCGCAAGUGCCGAGCGAUGUGGCCAAGGCAUUCUACGAAAACGUCCCAGGCGCACAGUACAUCGACGAUGUGUCGUCGCUAGCUGGUCCAGCAUGGCAAAUCCCUUGCGACUACGAGAUCAACGUUACAUUCAAAUUCGGGGGUAACAGCUACCCUAUAAACCCUUUGGAUACUUCAUUAUCCCUUGGGGCCACCGACAGCGAUGGCAAAGCACUAUGCUAUGGCGGGUUCCAACCGAUAAAUGUCGCGAAGAGUGACCUUUAUGACAUCAUCUUUGGCAUGGCAUUCCUGCGGAACGUAUACAUGCUGAUCGACUACGGCGACUUCGCCGACAACGCCACGACGCGCGCGGACCCGUACAUUCAGCUCCUCUCCGUCUCGAACGAUUCCACCGCGCUGCACUCGGACUUCGUCGCCAUCCGCGGGUCCGCAUCGUGGAACCCCACGUCGGAGUCCACGUCCACGUGGGUGAAGGACCACCUCAAGCUUAUCAUCCCGCUCAGCAUCGCGGGUGCGCUGCUCCUCAUCGGGCUCGCGCUGGCGGCGGUCGGGAUGUGCAGGCGCCGUCGCGCGACGCGCUACCAGCCACUGAGUGACCCCGCGCCGCAGGAGGCACACGACCUCCACCUCAUGCGUACGGACGGCGCCCCGACGUAUGGGAACCCCUGGGACGCGCGGUAUUGA